AUGUCCGCCGUUUCCCCAUCCUCUUCAACAAGUCCUAAAGAACUUAUAACUCAUGAUCUACGCACCAUGGAAAAAAAAAAAGAAAGUAUUGACGGGGAUUCAACUCCCGAUCGAAAGAUUUCGACAACUCCUCCUUCCGAGAAUUUUGAAAUUACGACUUCACCAGUACCUUUAACACCUAAAGAGAAACAGGAACAACCGUAUAGUAAUAGUAAUGAAAGCAAAAAUGAUAACACCAUUCCAAAAAAUGAUAGCGAAUCAAAUCUAGGCAUCAGGAUCGAAGGGCAAGGAUUUUUUUCUAUUUUCGAUGGUCAUGCCGGGAAACAAGCAGCUGAAUGGUGCGGAAAUCACUUUCACAAGACAUUCCAAGAAGUUCUUCGGGAGCACCCUGAUCUCCCUAUACCGGAGGUUUUCCAUUUAGCUUUUCUGCAGGCAGAUAAGCAACUUAAUCAAAACGCGGGAAAGCACUCCGGGUGUACAGCUAUUUCCGCCUUUUUGAGGUCGGAGGAAGUACCGGAGGUUGAUGAUGAUGUUAAUAAUAAUAAGGAAUCUGCCACCUCUAAUGGUACGGGGUCUAAAAAGGUUAAGCGCGUAUUAUACACCGCGAAUGUUGGUGAUGCACGCGCUGUUUUGAGUCGAAAUGGAAAAGCGGUUCGAUUAUCGUACGACCAUAAAGGAAGUGACCCUCAAGAAGCCAAGAGAAUUGUUGAUGCUGGUGGAUUUGUCAUGAAUAAUCGUGUCAAUGUGACGCGAUCACUAGGAGACAGCUCAAUGAAGGAAUUUGUCAUAGGAAAUCCAUAUACCGCUGAAAUUGUUCUAACAGAAAAGGAUUCCUUUUUGAUACUUGCUUGCGACGGGUUGUGGGAUGUGUGUGAUGAUCAAAGCGCUGUUGACCUUAUUAAGGACGUCACAGACCCUCAGUUGGCGAGUAAAACAUUGACCGAGCACGCCUUACAAAAAUUCAGCACCGACAAUCUAAGUGUAAUGGUAGUUAGAUUUAUUAACGGAUAA